AUGUGUAAAAAGGAAACACAAGAUUGUGAAAUCUGCUUAACAAACAAAUACGAACGCAGACCAAACAAACAACCAAUUGGAGCCGCACCAAUACCAAAUCACGUAGGUGAACACAUACAUUUAGACUUAUUUCACAUGAACGGCAACACAUACAUCAGCACAACUGAUAAAACUCAAGGGUCAGCUCUUAAAAUUAUUACGGGUACACCCGAUCACGACGACUUAAUCGAAAUUAAGACAGGAUUAAAAAUGCUGAUAGAAAACGGUAACAAACAAAAGAAAAUAAAUUCACAGUUUGAAAGAAUUUUAGAGACUCUCGAUCCUAAAACUAUAACAGAUGAUUUAGUGAUGACCGAAGUAUACAACGAACUAUCCUCUGUCGCUAAUACAAUUAAUUUUGCAAAAAAUGGAAACUUCUACUCAGGAACUCUAAAUUUAAAGGAUAUUCAACAAAUAGUAUCCAAUGAAGCAUUAGACUCACCUUUAAUUAUAUUAGAAUACUCUGACAUACAUGUCUGCUACUUUAACCACGCAAUGAUAUUACUAGACUCUAAGAUAGCAAAAUGUAACAAUGUCUUUGCACCUAUUGAAAAAUGUAAAAACUAUGUUGGGAACUAUAUAUGUAAAAUUAAGAACUCAGACAAUUGCACUAUUAACACAUUGGAGAAUAAGCCUGCCAAAUGUAAAGUGAUACACGAAAACAACGCACCACUCGAAAUACUUGAAAAAGGAAAUAUCAUAACAGAUUACAACCACACCUGGAACAACAUAAAAAUAGAUGGGCCGAAAUUAAUACAAUUCAACUACUCUGCAACAAUCGAUGGAAAACAAUAUUCCAACCUGCAACAGGAAUACAAAGAUGCCAUAUACAAACAACAUGACGACCAACUAGAAGUCCUACGCAUCAUCGGAUCCAAAGCCGAUUAUAACUUUAGCAAUAUUGAAGAAAUGUCAACUUUCCUGAUACCAAUCGAGGAACAUCCCGUCCAAUACACCUUCUACUGCAUCCUGGGGUUAUGCACACUAGCAUUACUUAUCUAUGGUAGAGACAAACUCUGCAAAUGUUACAUAGCAAAGAAAGCGGAAGCAAGAAGAAAAAGAAUCGACGAAAUGUAUCAAAUAGAACUAUUCAGACUCCAACAAGAACAAUAUACACGUUAAAGCGAGGACGCUUCAUUUUAAGAAGGAGGGGAGUUAAUGACUUCGUCACAAGGCACGUAAACAAAGUUUCCACUAAGCAUCAUCAAUAACAACCAAACAUGCAUUAUCAAGAAAUGCAUUCUCAACAUGUAAACAACAAACAUCUGGCAAUGGAAUAAUCCACUGCGAUAACUACCGCCGCAUCUCAACAAUAACAAACAAGUGAUAACAAGAUAACAGAUACCGAAUUUCAACAAAGAAAUGGCAAGCAGGUAAUAACUACCGCAUCUAAAUAACAACAAACAACAUGCAACCAGAUAACAGCAGCCGCAUCUCACUAGUAUAAAUAGCUGUAAGAUCUUAUAUUAUAAACAGUUUUAAGAAUAUCAAUAAAGUGUACGCAUUUCGGCGUAGUAAUAAAAAUGUAUUUUUUUAACUCAUAUCGUGAAAGCGAUUAUAACUCGCGACGGAAAAACUGAAACCCACAAUUUGGGGGCUCGUCCGGGAUCGUCGUACAUUUGCGAAAGAAAGUAAAAGAAAUACUUCGGUGGUCGGUUCUUUUUAUAUUUCUACGGCGCACAUCAACUCAGCGAGAAACAGAGUUCCGUGUGUUUGUGUGCAAAAAGCGUCAACUCUUUUCAUAAGGAAUGGAGUCGAUUGGGUAGCAGAGUACGAGUAUUUUCUCUCAAGCGCAAUACAACAGCCAGCGAGCAGCAUAGCAGCGUCGGUUUUAUUUUAUG